AUGGCCGACGUAAAGCCAAAUACGGAUUACUCUGAGCCCGAGUAUGCAAAGUCGCAGGAGAGGGCCAAAGUCCCGUAUUAUCGUCCCAAUAUUGAGCACCGAUUGGUUUCAGAGACACAAGAGUUGCUUGAGAAAUACAGUCACAUACCACCAGAGGACCAAUCGGCGCACAUUCACAAGCUGCGAGAUGAAGCGUGGGAUAUCCGUGCAUACCCUUGUAUAGGUCUUGGCUCGUGGCUCACUCCUCAGCUCCGUCGCUUGCCCAUCUAUGACGAGAUCCUGGAUCGUGUUAAAAGCCAUGGUGCCACUCUGGUCGACGUGGGAACCUUUGUCGGCCACGACCUUCGCCGUCUGGCCUACGACGGCGCGCCCUCCGACAAGCUGUACGGCGUCGAUAUCGUGAGCUAUGCAGACGUUAGUUACGACUUGUUCCGCGACCGCGAGACUUUCAAAGGCCACUUUAUCCAAGCUGAUAUCUUGUCCGACGAGUCAGCCGAGCUCAACGCCCUCAAAGGCAAUGUAGACAUAAUUGUCGUCUCCCAGCUCUUGCAUCAAUGGACUUGGGAUAAUCAAGUCAAGGCCGCAAAGGCUUUGGUCGACUAUACUAAGCCGGGCUCCCUGAUUGUCGGAAACCAGAUUGGUAACUCGAAAGCGUUUGAACUUACUUUAAAGACACCCCCAAUCUCUAUAUGGCGACACAAUGUUGAAAGCUUUACAGACAUGUUCAAUAAAGAGGUUGGCCCGGCCACGGGGACUACAUGGGAGGUACAGGCUUGGCUACGAUCCUUUCCUGAUAUGGGCUGGGAUCUUAGUGAUGCAGCCUGGAUGGAACCAGAUGUUUGCUUGGUUGAGUUUGCAGCUCGACGACUCUCUUGA